AUCCUGCUGGUGUGCUGUGAAUGUGAAGCAGGACGGACUGGCAGUUUGUGUGCAGGAGGGAAAAGCAAUCGGUCCAGGGCCCCUGGAUUAGCAGAAUAAGGAAAGGAAAGGUUUUCUGAGAUAACUUGCAUCUCCACAGAAUAUAUCCUUGAGAGAAAGCAGACUCAAAGGCUGUCUUAGCAGAUAAAAUUUUCUCAGGAAAUUACUGUGGAAGUCUGUCUUCUGGGGUGUGCCUAGAGGAGAGAAGGAAAAUAUAGCUGACAAAAUUAGGCAUAGAUCUCCAGCACAGUUUCAAGGGGUAAAGCCUGCCUGCCUGGACUUUAAAGAAGCACCCACACGGCCACAGAGGCAUCCUCCAGCACUGGCAACAGCACCAUUCAGUUUCCCCACAGCACUGCAAAGAUGAAUUUCCUCCGGCGGCGUCUCUCAGACAGCAGCUUCGUGGCAAACCUGCCCAACGGGUACAUGAUGGACUUGCAGCGCCCCGACAGCUCCACGAGCUCCCCGGUGUCUCCUGCCACGGAGAGGAAGCACCUGCAGCCGCCUCAGCCCUCGCACUCCUCCUCCACGGGCAGCAGCAUCUUCAGCUCCAUCUCCAGCGCCAUGAAGCAAACCACGCAGGCGGCUGCGGGCCUGAUGGAGCACUCGGCCGGGCCCGCGCCCCCCACGGCACAGAAACCCAAGGUCCUCCUGGUGAUCGAUGACGCGCACACGGACUGGGCCAAAUAUUUCCAGGGGAAGAAGGUGAAUGGAGAAUUUGAUAUCCGAGUGGAACAGGCUGAGUUCUCCGAGUUGAACCUGGCUGCUUAUGUCAUGGGUGGCUGCAUGGUGGACAUGCAGGUCAUGAGGAACGGCACCAAGGUGGUCAGGUCCUUCAAGCCAGAUUUUGUGCUGAUCCGCCAGCACGCCUACAGCAUGGCCCUGGGGGAAGACUUCCGCGGCCUCAUCAUCGGCCUGCAGUACGGCGGCGUCCACACGGUCAACUCCCUCCACUCCAUCUACAACUUCUGCAGCAAGCCCUGGGUGUUCUCUCAGCUCAUUAAAAUCUUCAACUCGCUGGGCCCUGAGAAGUUCCCCCUGGUGGAGCAAACGUUCUUCCCAAGCCAUAAGCAGAUGCUCACAACUCCAAAUUUUCCUGUAGUGGUCAAGCUGGGACAUGCUCAUGCUGGAAUGGGGAAGGUCAAAGUUGAGAACCAGCACGACUUCCGGGACAUGGCCAGCAUAGUGGCCAUGGCAAAAACCUAUGCCACCACCGAGCCAUUCAUUGACUCCAAAUACGACAUCCGAAUCCAGAAAAUUGGCAGCAACUACAAGGCUUACAUGAGGACUUCCAUCUCUGGAAACUGGAAGGCAAACACAGGUUCUGCGAUGCUAGAACAGAUUGCAAUGACAGAGAGGUACCGACUCUGGGCAGAUGCCUGCGCAGAAAUGUUUGGAGGUCUGGAUAUCUGUGCUGUCAAAGCUGUCCACAGCAAAGAUGGAAAAGACUAUAUCAUUGAGGUGAUGGACAGCUCAAUGCCCCUGAUUGGGGAGCACAUAGAAGAGGACAGACAACUUAUAGCUGAUCUGGUUGUUUCCAAAAUGACUCAGCUUGUCACCACUGCUGGAUCUACACCAUCACCGCUGAGGCCUUGGCCUCCACAAGCUCAGCCUGUGUCAAUGAAAUCUCAGAGUGGACCUCCACUUGGACAGCUGUCACAACCACGGCCUCCUCCACAAGGUGGACCACGCCAGCCACAAGGACCUCAGCCUCCCCGAACAAACGCACCCCCACAGCAGCGGCUGUCUCCUCAAGGACAGCAGCCUCAGAGUCCCCAGUCCACUUCCCCUCAGCAGCAAAGGUCACCUGGAUCUCCACAGCAAAUCCGAUCAGCAACUGGCUCCUCUCCAGUGCAGGCCUCCAAGGCAGGCGCGUUCCCUCCACAGCAGCCUCGGCCUCCUGCCCAAGGCCGGGCUCCCAGCCAGCCGAGCCCCACGGAAAUGUCCAAGCAGCAAACCACCCCACACCCACAUCUGAACAAAUCGCAGUCCCUGACAAACAACUUCAGCAUACCUGAGUCAUCUCAGCGAGGAAAUGCCACUGAAGAUGAAGCAAAAGCUGAGACCAUCCGCAACCUGAGGAAAUCAUUUGCUAGCCUGUUUUCUGAUUAACAGUCCUGCAGCUGGAUCUGUGUUUUUGUCAGCCCUCAUUCUACAUUAUGUCAUACCUGAUGUCAUCCUGGAAUACACUCAGUGAACCCAGCGAUUUACAACUAACACCUGGGUAAAGGGAAUUUAGAGAACUAUAGUUGUUUUAAUACAAAGAAAAUAUUCAAAUAAUGAUCUGAAAAGUGACUGUAUAAAAGUGUCAGUGUUUCAUUGGGUUUUGUGCAUAAUCAGAGUAAUAUCUGUUCUGAGUUGUAAAGCAAAUUUUACUCUUGCUAACCCCUGUGGAGUCAACACAGUUAUGACAGUGCAAACUAGGUUUUAUUUUAAUUCAUAUAUAGUCAAUACAAUUAAAUUCCAAUUACUGAAUUCUUGUUAAGAUCAAGCUAAAAAAAAUAAGCCUUCUUUCAGAAACACCCAUGCAAAGGCAGAGUCAAGAAUAAGUAUCCAUUGAACAACAAAGUGAGCAUGCUUGAGCAUCCAGUGAACUGUGGAAUUUCAUUAUAGCAACUUCAUAAAAGGUCACUUUUCAGAGCAAAACUACGUUCAAGAUAAAGACGGUACCAGGCAUCAGUAAGCACCAAAGAUCACACAAGCAGGUCAGC